CUCACAAAAAUGAAAAUAAUAUUGGGUUUUUAAAGAAGUGACGAUACAAUGAAAAGAAGCCCAUCAAAGGCAUAUGGGCCUAAAACAAGAAAGCCCAUGAAAUCCGCUGAGAUCAAAGGGCACACCCAGGAGGACGGCGAAGAAGCUCGCGAUCACAUCGCAAAUCGUAUCAACGGCGGCGAUGAUGGAGGAACAGAGCGGCGCCGGCGGAGGUGGAUCCACCCACUGGUGGUGGGUCGCCGGAAGUGCGGCUCAGUUCAUGUGGGGAGUGAGGUCUUACCGGAGAGGCUACGCCGGAGAUUCGCGACUGAUGCCGGUCAAAGCCUUCGGCGUCGCUUCUCUCUUCGUCUGCGCCUUCGCCACCGCCUCCGUCGGUUUCCUUCAUGCCUCUGGUAUCCACAAGGUUGAAGAUGCAGUGGAAGCUGGAGCGAAUCUGAGAACGAGUUUGGGGAUUCCUUCGAGAACACCGAAGAAAGAAGGAUGAUUCUUGAUCGAAAGCUCGGGACUUUGAUUGAAACUGCGUCUGGACAAUGAUGAGACAAUUCGCUUUGUGCUCUUUGGGAAGACCCAUCACCAAGAAGCCGCAUUUUUGUGCUCAUGUGCACUAUUUCUCUUGUAAUGUUUAUAGAUCGAACAUUGGAUCGGCUCUGUCAUUGGUGAUAAAUGGAUGAUUUAUGAUAUGCAUAUGCAUGUUUCACGCCA